ACUGCCCCGCUGCCCCAGCCUCGCGGGUCCCCUCCCUCGGAGAGGGCUAGGGUUUGAUUAUUAACCCGGAGCCUGCAUAAAGAGUGAGCGGCCUGUGUGGACGGAAAGGACUCCACGCCAUCGCCAUGGACAGUGCUACCUGGGGCCCCGCGGCCACCACCCCUUCCCCACCUGUGCAGUCCUACGAGCGCAUCCGUAAUGCAGGCGACAUCUCGGUCAUCAUCAUUUACUUCCUGGUGGUGAUGGCUGUUGGGCUGUGGGCCAUGUUUUCCACUAAUCGUGGGACUGUUGGAGGCUUCUUCUUGGCAGGUCGAAGUAUGGUAUGGUGGCCGAUUGGAGCCUCUCUCUUCUCCAGUAACAUUGGAAGUGGUCAUUUUGUGGGUCUCGCCGGGACAGGAGCAGCUUCGGGCAUUGCUGUUGGAGGCUUUGAAUUUAACGCCCUGAUUUUUAUGGUCGUGCUGGGCUGGGUGUUUGUCCCUAUUUACAUUAGGGCUGGGGUGGUGACAAUGCCAGAGUAUCUGCGGAAGAGGUUUGGAGGCCAGCGGAUCCAGAUCUACCUUUCUACUCUGUCUCUGUUGCUCUACAUUUUUACCAAGAUUUCGGCGGACAUCUUCUCCGGGGCCAUAUUCAUCAAUCUGGCCCUGGGCCUAGAUAUAUACCUGGCCAUCAUUAUUUUACUGGCAAUCACUGCCCUUUACACAAUCACAGGGGGCCUGGCAGCUGUGAUAUACACGGACACCUUGCAGACUGCGAUCAUGCUGGUGGGGUCUAUUAUCCUGACUGGGUUUGCUUUCCGUGAAGUGGGAGGAUAUGAAGCCUUUAUGGAAAAGUACAUGAAAGCGAUUCCAACCGUCAUUUCUAAUGGAAAUAUCACUGUCAGUGAAAAAUGCUACACCCCGAGGGCUGACUCCUUCCACAUCUUCCGAGAUGCCAUCACGGGAGACGUCCCAUGGCCUGGGCUUAUCUUUGGGAUGAGCAUUCUUGCCCUGUGGUACUGGUGCACAGAUCAGGUCAUUGUGCAGCGCUGCCUCUCAGCCAAGAACAUGUCUCACGUGAAGGCUGGCUGUAUCUUGUGUGGAUAUUUCAAGCUGCUGCCCAUGUUCCUCAUGGUGAUGACGGGAAUGGUUAGCCGUAUUCUGUACACAGAUAAAAUUGCCUGUGUCGUCCCCUCGGAAUGUCAGAAAUACUGUGGCACCUCAGUUGGCUGUACCAACAUUGCCUACCCAACCUUGGUGGUGGAACUCAUGCCAAAUGGGCUACGAGGCCUGAUGCUGUCAGUCAUGAUGGCCUCUCUCAUGAGCUCCCUGACCUCCAUCUUCAACAGUGCCAGCACCCUCUUCACCAUGGAUAUCUACACCAAGAUACGGAAGAAGGCAUCUGAGAAAGAGCUCAUGAUUGCAGGAAGGUUGUUUAUCGUCUUGCUCAUUGCCAUCAGCAUCGUCUGGGUGCCCAUCGUGCAGUCAGCACAAAGUGGGCAGCUCUUUGAUUAUAUCCAGUCCAUCACCAGUUAUUUGGGACCUCCCAUUGCAGCUGUCUUCAUACUUGGAAUUUUCUGCAAGAGAGUCACUGAGCCGGCAGCCUUUUGGGCACUGGUCCUGGGAUUUCUGAUUGGCAUUUCCCGCAUGAUUGCUGAGUUCGCCUAUGGAACUGGAAGCUGCACGGAGCCUAGCAAUUGUCCUACAAUUAUCUGUGGGGUGCACUACCUAUACUUUGCCAUCAUCCUCUUUGUUAUUACUGUCAUCAUCAUCCUGGCCAUCUCCUUCUUCACCAAGCCCAUUCCAGAUGUGCAUCUCUAUCGUCUGUGUUGGAGUCUGCGCAAUAGCAAAGAGGAGCGUAUUGACUUGGAUGCAGAAGAAAAGGACAUCCAAGAAGCCCCAGUGGAGACCAUUGAAAUAGAAGUUCCUGUGGAGAAUAAAGGAUGGUGCAGGCGUAUCUAUGACCUAUUUUGUGGUCUGGAACAGAAGGGCCCCAAGCUGACCAAAGAGGAGGAAGAGGCCUUGAAGGUGAAGAUGACAGACACCUCUGAGAAGCCUUUGUGGAGGACAGUAGUGAACAUCAAUGGCAUCAUUCUGCUGGCCGUGGCUGUCUUUUGCCAUGCAUACUUUGCAUAAGUUAUGGCUUCUGCUGUGGACUUUCCAGACUGGCAUCUUUACCUCCCUUUAGUCCCAUUCUGUGGUACUGAAGGGAAUUUGGUCUGUUGUAAACCUCACCCAGUUGGAUAAAUGGGUACAUGUGUAAUUAUAAGCAAGCUGGAAAAAAUCAUUGUUUUGCUGUUAACUUAUGCAUUUGAAGCCAAUAUAAAACAUUCAUCUGUACAUAAUAAAUCUGCAGAAGGAAAAUUUAGUCAUAUCCAGGAAAAGUCAAACUAAGAGUAGAAGCCCUGUGAUACCUGAUGUAAGUCAGGUACAUGUGCCAACCUUAUUUAUAACCCUUAAAUAUUGUUUUUAGUGUUUUGGUCUCCCUGGUUCCUUCCUUUCUGACCUUCUGAUCAUUAAAAAAAAUCCCUUUCCUGCCAUCAUAUCCCCCUCAGAUUUUUCUCAGUGUAAGAAAAAUUAAUCUAAUAGACUGAUGAAUGCAUGAAAGCUGAGAAUGGGAGCUUGAUGGGGUCCCUUCCCUGCGCAUUUGUCUUUUGAGGUGGGGGUCUCAGAAAUGUAAAACCUACCCAAAAUGGAGGAAUCCGGCCUCAGUCUCAGAUUAGUGGAGGAGCAGAUAAUGUUGUGUCCAGGGAAUUUUCUGUUCUUAUAAAUGUCCAUUGUGUGUUUCUUGUGUUUGAGAUUCACUCAUUUUGACAUUGACGGUGCCUGGAAUGUCUUAGCCACUCAAUGAUGUUUGUUGACUAAAUAAAUGAUUUGGAUGUUUAUUUAUA